AUGGCGUGCGCCGGCUGCGGCGAGCGCGUGUGCGACCGCUUCUUCCUGCUGGCGGCGGGCGGCGCGUGGCACGGCGCCUGCCUGCGCUGCAGCCGCUGCCGCUGCGAGCUGCAGACGCAGCCGUCGCUGUUCUGGAGGGACGGGAACAUCUACUGCCAGCAGGACUACUGCAGGGCCUUCGGAGGCGGGCGCUGCGCUCGCUGCUGCCAGCCAAUCCCUGCGUCCGCUCUGGUCAUGAGGGCCGGACAGCUGACCUUCCACCCGCACUGCUUCUGCUGCCAGGUAGACCUCCAGAGGCCCCGGGGCCCCGAGAGACCUCCAGAGGCCCCGGGGCCCCGAGAGACCUCCAGAGGCCCCGGGCCCCGAGAGACCUCCAGAGGCCCCUGGCCCCUAGAGACCUACAGAGGCAACCUGUACUGCAUGCAGGGCCAGAGCCUGUACUGCCAGUCCCACUACGGGGACGCUGGGAGAGACCCCCCACCCCGAGACCCCCAGCCAGACCCCUCCCUGAGAGAAGCUCUCAACCAGGCCUCAGGUGAGGGGGAGGAGUCCGUCAGCAGUCCUGAGCCUCUAUUGGACGACAGGGCGGCGGGGGGGCGGACCCGCCGGCGAACCAAGCGAAUCAGGACGUGUUUCCGCAGCGAGCAGCUCAGAGCGCUGGAGUCGUAUUUCGCCCAGAAGCACAACCCGGACGGCAAAGACUGGAACUGCCUCGCCCACAAGACCGGCCUCCCCAAGAGGGUCCUGCAGGUGUGGUUCCAAAACGCUCGAGCCAAACUGCGGCGCUCCGUCACCACCGACGACUCUCAGGUGGACUCGCCGUCCGCCUACCCCGGAGGAGGCGUGGCCUUGGCCCCCGACCCGCCCCCGGACCGAUCCCUGGCCCCGCCCCCUCUCUCCUCCUCCGCCAGCACCAUCGACCAGCUGCAGCUCUCGCUGCUCACCGCGCCGCUCAGCGAGCCGGCGGGGAGUCCGGCCUCCUUGUACCUGGACUACGAUUCCCAGAGUGCACCGGGGUGCCUCUCCUCCCUGGAGGUCUUCGAGGACUUUGAGGAGGCCGGCGCGGCAGAGGGGGGGGGCCACCCUCACGGCUCCUUCGCACCACAUUACUGCUAG